UGCACAUUCAAUGUCACAGACAAGAGUGGAAGAUACAAGUUACGAUCUCAGCCUUGACCUAGCUCGAAUCAGAACAGCCUGGUUGCAUGCCGCCCGUCGAGAACGCAACGUAGGACUCUGCAAGGAGCUUAUUCAGGAGCUCGAGUCCCCAACGUCCUCAUCUUUGUCUCCCUCUUCUCUUGAUUGGUUUUUGAGGGUGCGUUAUGAAGAGGUGCAAGUCAAUUUUCUGGAGACCAACGGCAUUCAUCAGCUUGGUGCCUGCAUUGCCUCUUUGCUGGUCAUAGCCUCGGCGUUGCUAUUAUCCGAACCGGGGUUAGCGUCUGUAUCGUCAACACGUGACCCACUUGCCCCUAGCCCUCUGGUCCAGCUGGAGGGUUGGGAAGGAAGCGACACGCGAAUGGGCAAAAGUGGCUGUAGCACUGACUGGCUAAGACUGGCAAAGGACUCCGAAUUGAGUGGAUUGGCAAAGUUGCUGUGCUCAGGCGAAGAAACCCGUGAUCGUGGCAAAACGGAAAAGAUGCGGCGACAUUGGGGCUACAGAUGUUUAGUGCGGGCAUCGCAGUGGCUACAGCAGUACCAUGACCAGCACCGAUAUGCUUCGCAAAGUGCGCGCUUUCCUUUUCCUGGCCCGUCUUCAGCUUUGCAGCAGCGGACCAAUAAACCAUGGCCUGCUCCUGCUUUUGAAGCAACCUGUUCCUCGAACACCGCUCCUUACGCUUUGCCUUCCGAUACUCCAUCUGAGUCCGUUUUCGCUUAUGAUCCUCCCGAAACGCAGCAGCCGGCACCAGUACGAUCUCAUUCUUUAUGUGAUAGUUCCCCGCCCUGGUUCUACGCGCUUUUUUUCACCCACGCCAAUAGCAAUGCCGAGGAGCUCGCUGGACGAUGCCUGGAGCUUGCUGCACAAGUAGUAAGCCCCAAAAGUAGGCAGUGGGGUAAAGCGUGGAGAUUGUGGGGCGAUUGGUUGUACCGCCGAGCCAAAGCUCUGAGCACCAACCAAACGACACAUGAUAAUGCAAGGAACCCACAGCAAUUGGAGCGACAGAAGCAGAUUCAGCUGAAUGCGUGGAAAACGCAUCAGAACUCAAUGCCCGACCUUGUACAGCUGUCGGAGGAAUUAAUUAAGCAUGAAAAUCUGGAGGGAAACCCGUCGCGGGCAAGACGCGAGGCUGUGCAGACGCUGCUGAUGGAAACAAUUUUGUCUGAGGAGAGGGAGGAAGACGGGCUGGGCGAGGAGGGAGUCUUGUCGGUCUCAGCGGUCAAAAAAGCUGGGUUUGAACGUGGGGGGAACAAUGCGGCCUUGAUAGCGCGCCUGCGUGAAGCCAUACGACGCUUACGACGGGAGCGGAGAGAGGCUCGUGUCCAGGCUCUGGAGGGGUCAGUGGAUGCGUACUGCCGGUACUUGCAGGUUGGGGAAAAGUCAUGUACGGGCCUAGGAGACAGUGGAUACUCAGCGCUUCGUGCUCUCUCAGCACUACGCAUCUUGAAGAUGCUCGCUCGUCUUCCCUCGGCAUCAUUACAACCCUCGGCUUUAAUGGGUACUCAAUUAGAACCGAGCACCUGCUGUUCCUCUCUCCUCCGCCGUUCACUGACUGCGAUGCCUCUGAAUCCUUGGCAAGCUCUGGUGCCGCAACUCCUGAUACGGCUGGCAAUCUUACCAGAAGCCUCCUUCCAGUCGCUGCUCCCCCUAUUCGAGCGUCUGGUAGCAUCUGCCCCCCAAGAGAUUGCGUGGACACUAACUGUUGGCUGCGCAGAGCUAGAGAGGUCGAGGACAUCUCAAUCGUUUGCUCUUUCACCAAUUUCCGUCAGUACCCCUGUCCAUAAGCAAACCAAAGAUAUGGCAGUGAGUGUCGCUCGUGCGCGUUGGCUCUUUCUGAAAAGUUUUUUACAAGAAAGGCACCCUGACCUCAUUCAGGACGUUGCGGUCUUCACGGAAGCUCUGACCUCGCUCGGUCAGUUGUGGGAUGAGCGCUGGCUUGUAUACGUGAGCGAGCGUUGGCACGUGAAGGGGCUGCAGGGGCGCUUACGAAGCUUGAGUCGCGAGGGAGAACGUUUGGCGCGUAAUCCGACGCUGCCGGAGUCGGAGAAAGGUCGCAUUGUCUGCGAGAGGUAUGCCGCGAUGCUGUUGCCACUCUUUGUCGAGGCACAGACUCUUGCGGGCGAAACAGGCUGCGGUAUGGUCGAUGACAAAGACGGACACCAGGAUUUCUCAGGUUCCCCGGAUGCCUCGUCGUCCGCUCACCCCAGUGCCCUCGAGGUGCAUUCGUCUUCACCUCAUAACUGUGCCUUUGCCAAAAAAUGGCGUCCCCGUGUGAUGGAGGUACUCGCUCUGCUCCAAUGCGCUCCAGAUACGGCUGCGGCCAUGGACCCGAUGUCCCACGUCUGGCCUGUCCUGGAGAAGUUUAAACGUGACAUUAUUACUGCUGUUACAGGGGAGGAAGGAAGGAGUAGAAAGAAAAGUGGAACGGAUGUUGAACCGGGACCUACCACACAGCAUCAAGGCCGGCAGCUCAGAGCCGAAGCGGUGACUCCACAAUUGCUCUCCCUUCUUGCGAAAGGGAACUUGCAGCAUGUAGAGAUGCCUGGCACCACACGUCCGACUUUUUUUUACGAAAGCCAGGGGAGAGGAGUGGCUGUGCAAAUGGUCGGGAUUGGGGGGCAUGGUAUUAUCACUGUGCUCAAGACCAAGACCCGGCCAAAGAAGCUCAGCCUGCUCGGCUCGGAUGGAAGGGAGUAUACCUAUCUGCUGAAGGGUCGCGAUGAUCUGCGAUUGGAUGAGCGCCUCAUGCAGCUGCUGGUGACCGUCAAUAGUGUCCUCCACGUCCGUGCACAGACGCCGCGCACGGAGAAAUGUGCGCUCGGGAGCGCUGUGUUGAGAGGCCUUCGUGCUCGACACUAUGCGGUCCUGCCGCUCUCGGCGUCGGCCGGGCUGGUGCAGUGGGUGGGGGGCACCACGCCCCUUUUUAGCUUGUACAAGAACUGGAGACUUCGUGCCGUGAGGGGUGAGAGGCUUCUGCUUGAAUCCCAACAGCAGAUUCAACAGGCGAUACACCAGCGAGAGAAACAACAACAGCAGCAAGUGGUACAGGCACAAGAGGAGGACAGCUCCAUAGACAUAGAAAAGCGAGGAAAACGGAAGAAAACGACAGCAGAGCGUCGCGAACGCCGCAAGCGGCAGCAGGAUCGAGAGCGUCGACCGCGGCUCGGUGAAAAGGGAGCGGAGAGAGAAAUUAGUACCGAGAGGGCCAGGAAGCCAUUACUCUGGGCCCCUCCUGCCACUUUCGAGGAGCUGGAAAAAGGAGCGCGACGACAAAAGGGAAGGGCUGCGAAGACGAAGAAAGAUUCAUCGACCUCUGGUGGAUCUGGGACGUUGCCCGAGCCAAGUGUUGAAGAUAAGUCUGACAAUGUCAAGACAAGCUCAAGGGAAUGCAGCUUCCAUGUCAGCGAGUCACGGGGAAAUAGGGGGCAGCAUAGAGUAGAGGAGAAGGAAGAAGAGGCUAGGGACGACGAGGACGAAAAUGAGGAAGAAGACGAUCUAGAAAGUGCUCCAGCGGCCUUAUUCUACGCAGAGCUGGUUCCCGAACUGGCUAGACAGGGAUUGGAUCUGAGAUCUACUGCUGCCUCCCAUCGAGGCGAAUGGCCGCACUCAGUCCUGCGCACAGUGUAUGAUCGUUUGAUGGCUCAAUCUCCACGCCAUCUGUUGGAGGUAGAGUUGGUGGCAGGCUCACUAGGCGCCGAAGAUUUGUGGCAGCGACGGCAAGUCUUGGCGCGCUCCCUCGCCGUCAUGUCUGUACUCGGGGCCGUGCUUGGCUUGGGUGACCGGCAUCUGAACAACCUCUUGUGGGACGGACGGCGAGCUGAGCUUUUGCACAUCGACUACACGGUCUGCUUCGACCGGGGCCUGCGCUUGCGGGUUCCCGAGGUGGUGCCCUUCCGUCUGACGCCUGUCUUGGUUGCGGCCCUGGGGCCUCUGGGUGUGGACAGCGGGGCAUUUGUAAAUGGGAUGGAGACCGUGCUGCGAGGUUUGCGAGGACAUAAAGAGCUGCUAUUGUCGGUGCUGGAGACUUUGGCGCACGACCCACUUGUGAACUGGGAGGACAUUUUGGGGGUAAGAGGUAAUGGAGGAGGCGGCAGAGGGCACCAGGGGCCGAAACAAUUGCAUCAGCACGCCCUAGACGCCAUCGUCACUUUAAAGCUUGUCGCUCUGCGAGUUGGGGAGACGCGGACAUUGCUCCGAGACCGAGUCCUGCAAAUUAAAAAGGGGUUCGCUGCCCUUCAGGCUCUUUUGGACCGCGUUCGAAACGCCCGGGAAGGGUGGGUCGCAGAAGAAAAUGAGAUCUUUCGUUCACGCCCUGUUUUGAGAGACUCCAAACUGCUCGUUGAGGGCACCAUGCUGGGACAGAAGCGUGCUGACCUAGCGGGGAGGCUCGUAUCAUUGCAGCUCCAGGCGGAAGACCAGGGCCGAUCAGCUCUCGUCCUCGAUGCCUCUCGUCGAGACCUAGAUAAAGCACUCCAUAAAGCAGCGGCACAGCUGAAACGGAGAUGGGAAUAUCAAGUAUGGGCGGUGCAGCAGGUGCUUUGGAAGGGACAGGAUAGGGCGAUGGAUGGGAAGGAAGGAAAAGGGCUGGGCAGAGAAGUUGACGGGGUUAGACUACGUAGUGAGGACGGACGCUUGGUUGAGAAGGUGAGCAGCUCAUUGCGGAACAACAUUCAACGCAUCCUCUUACCCGCCAAUGGAUCGGCCAAAGGAGCAGUCUACGAGCUUGAGAGAGACGAAGGCGAUCCGUUCUCCAUUGCUCCUGGGCUUCUAGGCCGGGGUCUGCAGCCGCAGUAUUGCCUUUUAAGCAGGGGAGCCUCAAGCCUGCUUCCCCCACCAGUCGGUGAAGAAGAGUGCGCCUACCACGACCAAUUUAUCGAGGCCUGUCGAUCCGAGGACGCUCGAUUGGGCAAGUAUUUGCGUGUCUUGGAAACAGCCCUCGAGCGGGUCCUUGAGCCAAUGCGCGCUUAUUCCAGCCUCGUUCGUGACACCUUAAGUAUCGAACCCGACGAGUACGUUGGGAGGAGCCUUACUAGAAGAUGGUUGAGGGUGGUGGGGGCCCAACAAGAGCGCAUGCGGCUCCUGAUUGCCUUUUCGUCUACGAUGGAGUCCUCUGCCGCGGCCGAUAGCGGAGGCGGGGACGGGGGCAUCCUUCCUUGUGGUCCGUCUAUUGCAGGUUGGGCGAUGGUCGAAGCAGGGCCUGAAGAGGCAUUGGAGGAGGUCUGGCCGGCAUGGCAGCGGCCUAGGGCAGGCAUGAAGGCGAACGAGGAACGUCUUCGUCGCGCAGAGGCCGAUACAGCUUGGGCUGACAAUCUCCAGGCGGCGCUGCGCGUGGCAGUGGAGCGGCGUGAGGCCCUAGUGAGUGAGGAAAGCUGCCAUAGAGAAUCAGAAGGACGAGGAACUUCAUUCGAUGCACGGAAACGUCGAGAGCAGCAGGAUAAAGAUCUGGAGGCAGCUAAAGACAGGCUCAAAGUGGCGGUGCGGGCCCUUUGUAAGGCGAGCAAUUUGGCCCCGAUAUCGGAGGGCAAGCGCAAUCAUGCUCGGCUGCAUCAAGUAUACGAGCAGCGUGCCAUGCAUCGCUUCUUGCUGGAAAGGGUUGUGUCGCCCCUUGACUCAACGUGGGGAUGGAUGAGAAGCCUGGAGAAUUUCGAAGUGGAAGUUGCCUCUACUCCUUCCAACGGUGUCGUCGAUCGACGCGCCGGGCUCGUAAAGGAAAUACAGCGGCGGCUCUCGCAUCUUGAGGUACUCAUCAAGGAGGUGCUUGUUCCUGGGAUCGGGCGGGUGGAGGAGGAAAUCAAACGAGGGAAUACGGGCGAGCGACUGACGGCCUUGCGGACAGAGACUUUGGCAACGCUCCGACGCGUGUACAGCCUGGCGGAAAGAAAUGAGAUUCAAGCCUUAGUGGGCGCUUUGUCUCGACAGGAAAGAGGAGGGGAAAAUUGCACCGCCCAAGGACAAGUGAUAGAAAAAGAAAAUGAGCACGGGAGCUCUUUCGCGGAAGUUACCGCGGAUGCAAAGCUUUUGUACGAGGCGUGGCAGAGAGGGAAGGAAAUGGUGCUCGACGCGGUUGGCAAGCGAGCGCAACAGCUUGUUGAGAGUGAGCUCGUUGGGGACGCGGACUCUCUGGCCGCCUCUUUUUCAUCCCUCUCCCUCAUCGAUACACUUUCCCUCCCAGCGUCUACACGCGACGCCUGGACAGCGUGGCGAAAGCAGGUGGAGGACCUGGAGGCUGCGUGCAAAGCACUCCUUGCCUCCCCCAGUGUCUCCACCUUGCCUCUGCGUCGUCUGGGGAUGUUCGUGGAAGGGAUCUUCGAUCGUUUGGAGAAGGCGGAUUUUUGGUCGCAAGCCUUGCGCCCUCCCCCCUUCUCGGCCGCCGCGCGGUCGGAUUUUGUGGUCGAGGGCGUACAAGGCGUGCCGGAGUACUGGCCCUGGCUGGGUGAAGGGACGGCCACCAGCAUGCUGCAGCUUGAGCGGAUUCUAACGACUUCACAGGUGAUGACAGUGUGGAUGCACCAAGAAGAAAGCAGUGGGGAAAGUGGAGAGAGGGGGGAGAUAGACUCGAGCCAUGCCAGGACACAAGGCGGGCGAACUGAGUGGAGAGUGGCAGCCCUGGACAGGCUUUUGGCCGACAGCAUGCAGCGUCUGCUGAGCAUAACCGUGGGCGUGCCGGUGCGCCUAGCGACCCGCAGCCUUGUGGACCGCGUGAUGCGAGUGCUGGGAGUGUCCGCGCCAGACUUGCUGGAACGCGUGGCGUCGACCAGGGAGGUACAACAGGUCGCGGCACCUCACUUGGUGGAAGUGAGUCCCCGUGCACGGUGGAAAAGCUGGAUCGGCGCCUUUGAUGCUUAUGCUUCGUCGCAAGCCACUACAGCCGCCACACAGGAUGUUGAUAGCGCCAGUGCACCUUAUUCUGCGGCAUGCCAGGCAUUGGCGACAGUGUCUGAACUGGUGCAAUCGCUGGCCGUGCAGGAAGCCUCAUCGUUGGCUGCGGCCGAAGCGAUGAGGAAAGCCGAAGAGAUGGAAUCGACGCUUGCUCGCUCCCUCACGCGCUUAGAGUGGGACUUGGACGGCGACUUCCAGGUGUUGGCCGCCGCAAAAAGUGUGGGCGUGAGGGUUCUGGGUGCAGAGGGUUUGCUCGCCUCUUCCGCAAUCUACGUGCCGCACACUCCUCCCUCUCAGCGUAGGAGCUUCUUGCUGCAGUGCCUCGCUGGCGCGGUGGUAACUCUGGCGCAGGUCUUAUCCGUGGAGCGAUCUGAUCUGUGGGACCAAGCGGAGGAAGAGCGAGGGGAAGAGAAGGCCCCUGCAAGCUUCCUGGCACCUUCCACCAAAGGCUCGGACAACGUUUCUCCCCCUUCCUUUGUCUCGUCGUUUUUGUCAAAUGCGCGUCCUGCGUCGCGAGACGAGAGUUCCAGGCACCUUGACGCAUGGCUGAAGCGGAAGCAGGAUCUGAUGCGCCUCGCCCGGGGCAACAAAGGCUCGACAAAUUCCGGGGGCCGCUCCCUGUCCUCGGAGGAGGCGCUGGUCGAAUGGGACUCGAAGACCAAGGCCCUCGUAUCCUGCGUAGAGGCGGCGAGCACAGGGGCCCGGGCCAUCCUCUUGGCGGCCGAGGGGGUCUUGGAUUUUGAGCGAUCGCGCGUGGAUAUGCGGGGCGUGGAGCCCGGCACGGACUCGCAGGACGCAGCGCUUUGGGCCCUCGUUUCCCAACACCAAGGCGCCUUGGCGCCCGUGAUUGAGAAGCGCAAAGCCCAGGCUGGCUGUUUGCGUGAGAUGGGCCGGGCCAAAGCAGACAUGGCGGUCUUGGAAAGAGAGGCGAACGCGGUGGACCGGCGGAUGGUGGAGAUGGGAGAAAGACGCCGUGCUUGGAUGGAAGAGGAACAUGUAAUGCAGGCAGACGUCAGAACAAGCCUGCGUCGAUUGGCGGCGGAGCUCCGCGAUUGCCCGUCUUUCUGCUUGAGCUCCCCUCCCACACACCCCGAGCCUCCCCCCCUCCCAUCCGCACAGGAGCCCUCGUCUCGCACCUGGUCCUCCUCGACGGGUUCGGCGGGCGCCCGCCUCCUGGACGUUGGGAUGCUGAAAUCCAUCGUCCGGGCCACGCAGGCCU